AGCCGGGUCAGUCUUCUACCAACAUAUACAUACUACUAGCUUGCGGCAUGUAACAUGUUUUAUCGAUCAUCGGUCGCAAAGCACACCUAACUCUACCCAAUCUCCGCAAUGACUCUAGCGUUGAUUACUGAAACAAAACCUGAGGAUUGGAUAUAUGUCUCUGAGGGAGGGGCGACUAUCGUAUUCUCGUAUCGAGGACCUCACAAUGUCCAAUUCUCCGAUCAAGUCCUACGUCUCCGUAAAGUCCCUCACGGGUCAUUAAACAGCAUGCUGCUCGAUACCAACACUGAACAACCAGACGAUCCUAUGACCACCUUUCAAGAGAACAUCAUCUCAAAACUCGUUCCUUCUGAGUUUCUGCCGAGUCUCGUGGUGGUGGUACUCGACGAAGGUUGGCUUAGGUCACUUAUUGUCCUACGCGACGGCGAUCGCCCAGCAGAGAGAAGGCAGACGGAUCAGAUUGAUAUUCGCAGGAAUAAGGGUGUGUUGGCCACGGAUCUCAUUGGGGGUACCCCCAUCGCGAUCGAAGUCAAGCCGAAAUGGGGAUAUUUACCUACAGAAUGCCAUCUCUCGCCUGAGACUGUUGCUCUAAAGACAACAACAUGCAGAUUUUGUAUGCACACGAGCUUCAGAAUGAAACAAGGGGACAUCGGUACGACCUAUUGUCCAUUGGACCUUUUCUCUCGCGAUGAGAUGCGUGUUAGAAAAUCCCUAGGUGCUUUGUGGGCUGGGUGGUAUGAAAGCCGUGGGUCUCUCAAUAACCUACGGCUCUUUGUCGAGGGCAGAAUGGCAAAACCAGAUGAUGACCACUCAGUACAAUUGUUGGCACGCUUUUUCGCGGCGGGCGAAUCAACUGACGUCCAGAACCUCCGGGAAUUGUUCUCAUCCACUCUUGCGCAGGUACUGCUGGAUAGUCCCAUUCUUCCCCUCCUGUCGAAUUUACAACGAACACUGGACAUCCUCGAUAUAGAGGGCUUAUCCAGGUUGUACACACAAUCAUCGUCAGGUUCCUCAUGUGACAGUCUCGGGUCUUCGAUUCCUGAUCCUUCCAUGGAGGAAUGGAAAGACUUCGUCGAAGUUUACCAGUCUGAUCAUCAUUCCUGGGAUCACACAGUCCCAAGUCCUGGACACCUGCGGUAUUAUCUCAUGGCAUACCUUCUUUCAGCGACGUUCAAAGAUUGCUCCAUCAUUAUCCGGCCCAAAUCUGCGUAUGUAGGUUCGUUUGAUGCCACAAUCAUCGACAUGGAUAUCAAGAGUAUGGAUCGCUUGGGGAAGUGGGAAAGAUUAGACAGGAAAAUCGUGGAACAUUACAAAAGUUCUGCCAGCCAGCGGCGUUGCAUCGACAGCCAACGCGUCAGUCAAUCGGGAUAUACACAUCGAUUUGAAGAACUGUCGAAGUGGCGUUAG